CUACUAAAUGUAAUGUAGAAAUGUAUUGCACAAAAAGUAUUUUUUAAAUACUUUAGUUUGUAUUUAUUUAUUUUUGUAACAUUUGUACAGUCUUACAGUUACAGCCGGCCUUUUGAUGGCAGCCAUAAUGAAGAAGUAGCCCUCAAUGAUAAUGAGUUUGACAAUUAUAUGUAGGCUGGACAGAUGAUCUGUGGAGAUGAUGAAGAUGCCGAGCUGUUCAUCGUUUGGUUUCUGGAGUUUGCUCGUUUUUUGUAUUCUGUUUGUUAUUGCAAAUGCAAAUCUCAACCAGGAUGAGGAUGACGCAUGGAUUGAUCCAUAUGACAUGCUCAACUACGACCCGACGACAAAGCGCAUGAGAAAACCCACAGAGUCUGCCAUUUACCCAAAUGUGCCAACCAAGAGGAGGGAAUUCAGCUCAGAGUCCUGUGAAGUGCAACAGUGUCCUCCUGAUGUAGUUGACUGCACCUCUAAACUAAUGAAUUUGCAAAAAGAGUUUGAAGAACAGAAAAAGAAGACCACCACCUCUAAAAGUCUAGCAUGUUUUCCAGUAUUCAAGCGAUUCCUUUCCAGGCUUCUUAAAGAAACUUCAAAACUUGGCCUGCCUGAUGAUGGACAGACAUCCAAGCAUUAUGACGCUGAGGUGAAGCUGUCAAAGCAGUCGCUGGUGGAGAUCCAGAAGCUUUUGAAUGAAGAGAACGACUGGACCACUGGAGCCUUGGAUGAGGCUCUCAGUCAAAUUCUGCUCAGAUUCAAACUCCACGACCACGAAUCCUGGAAGUGGCGUUUUGAAGACACAUUUUAUGUAGAUGCUGAUACCGCCCUGAAGGUUGCUUUGAUUGUUCUGAUUGUCGUAGCCAUAAUCAGCACUGAGGUCUGGUCUGUGGUCUCCUGGUUUGUCCAGUUCUGGAGAAUGUUUGCUGUUUGCUUUUUUAUUAGCUUGAUCUGGAACUGGUUCCAUCUUUAUAUGGUUGCAUUUGCAGCACACAAGAAGAACAUUGUGGAGGUGGAGAGCUCAAAUGACAAAUGCACUGGGCUGAAACAACUGGACUGGAAGGACAGUUUGUCAGAGUGGUACAGACGGACAUGGACUCUUCAAGAUGAUCCUUGCAAAAAGUACUAUGAGGCCCUUUUGGUGAACCCAAUUUUGCUUGUGCCUCCAACAAAGGCUAUCGUGGUCACCAUAACCAGUUUCAUCACGGACCCCUUGAAGCAAAUUGGGCAGGGAAUCGGUGAGUUCCUCAGAGCCCUGCUGAAGGAUCUACCGAUUACUCUCCAGUUACCUGUGCUGGUUAUCAUUGCACUCGCCAUCCUUGUGUUCAUGUAUGGAAGUGCUCAAGCAGCCAUACAUCAAGCAGUUCACUUUCCCCGGCUCGGUGGGCGACGGGAUCCGCCGCCUCCUGCUGUAGGACAGCGACAAGCUCCUCAACUAAGGGAGCAUGAGGAAGCUUUGGGAGGGGGUGACGCUCCACAGCCAUUACAGGUGCCCCAGCACAAUAGAAACAGAGUAAAUCAAGCAGGAAACCAAGGAGGUGACCAGGGCUUCAGGGCUAGAGAUGCUCUUGCCCCCCAAAACAGACAGGAGAAAAGCAUGGAACUCCGACCGGACCUUUCUGACGCUCCCAGAAGGACUCACAGGGUAGAGACUGUGCGCGCUACAGGUAACAUGUACAGCGAUGAUGAGACUGAUUUACAGCUGCGGACAGAGGAGGUGAAUACUGGUACAAAUGAAAGUGCAGAGCCUGAAGUGAAAGCCGAGGGAAAAGAGAAAACUGCAGCAACUGUGGACAAGAAAGAACAGAAAGACACAAGGAGUGCAGACGGGAGUGAGCCUGAAACCAAUGUGCCUUCGGCUCAAACAGAUGUGAAAACACUUGGAGCUAAUCAAGGGAAUGAGCACUUUAUGUGCACUAAAAGGAUAUUGGCUUCUCAAAAUGACCUGAAGCUGCAGGUUACGGUUUGCAAGCUUAACAUUGGGCUACCAGCAGAUGAAGAAGACAUUUAUUCAAGCUAUAAAGCUCCAGUUCAAGAAACACUGCAAUAAAAUGAUCACUCGAUUCUCUUAAUUACUUUAAAUUAAAUUAAAUGUUUGUUUUUUUUUCUUCUGAAAUUAAAUGUUUUGCUAUUUUUCUUUGUGUUUAGUCUGAUUUUUUUUAUCAAAUCUCCUGAAGUAUUCAGAUGUUAGAAAGAGCCAAUUAAAGGUGCAGGAUUUUUGCUUACAUUAGCUGUCUCUAUUAUGUAUAAUUGUUUUCGGACAUUAUACUGACAUCUACUGGCCAGGAUGAAUGAAGUUUGUUUACUAGCAUCACAUUCUUGGAUGAAUUCUCAAUUAUUGUUUUGUGUGUUACAGGGUAUUUGGGUUUUGUUAUAUUGUUUGAUUUGCUUUUCUUUACAUGCGUUUUUAUCAUUUUGCUCUGUAAAGUGCCUUGAGCACUGGCUGAAAACACAGUGAAUUUGAUUGACACAGCUGAAGAUCAUGUGAUCUCAACAAGGCGGCAACCCAUAAGAGGUAGACUAAAAGUCUGGAGUCUUCUUCGACAGUGAGUGUGAUGUUUCUCAAAAGUGCUUUUCAUUAAUUUCUGAAAAAAAUCUUUUGCUCUUUCAGUGUGACCUCAGUAGUUAGGCUCCAGCUUAGAAGCAUUGCUAAAAAGGACAUUUUUACCAUACCUCAUCUACUUCAGUCAUUAAAAGGACACUUGAUGUAUUAAAAAUAUCAUGUGCUCUGUUUUUAUUCAUUUUGAGACUCUGCAGUUUGUAAAUCGACUCUUUGUGACGUUUCACAAGUCAGUGAGCAACUGAAAGAAUUUCUUCCUUGUAUAGUGAGGUUACAUUCAUCAGAAAUCCUGUUGAACAAAUGACACCUGAGAUGUCAAAGGUGAGUUUUUUUUUAGUGAUCAAAGAACUCUUCUGGCUGGGAACCGUGUCUUGGAUAACAGUUAGCUUGGAAUGAAGUUCUUUGAGCAAAAAAUGCGACGAACCAUUCACCGGUGAAACAGGAGUUGUCUGAAGGACCAGUUUUCUGUCUUUUCGCAGUUGACUUUGAGGCCGAUGAUGCUGUCUAUCUCUGAAAGACUUUGACCUUCUGCUGCACAUCUUGGUGAGAAGAUGUGAACCCCAAUGUUGUCAGAAUGGUUUUCCAACAUCAAUGUGAGUGUCCACUGGAUCUCCUGAUUCUUUUCCCCUCAUUGAUUUACUGAACUGGACAUUCAAAUGGCAAAGUGAAGAGUAGUGUUGAUAGGAUGCAGCCUUGUAAACAACAGUGUUUACCAGAAAAGCACAAAUACAUUGUGAAGUGUGCAGUUCCGUUCUUGGGUUUGUUUAAGUAUCUGUCAUAGCACAAAAAAUGUGGUCAGUUCAAGAUCUUCCUGUUGUAAAACUAGCCUGCUCUUUACAAAAAAAUGUAUCCUGCUUCAAGGAUUCCUUGGGUUCCUGUUUAACAACUUGAUUGUUCAGCUGAUAAAAGACUCUGUAAAACAGUUUUGAAAGUAGUGAGUUGUGUACCUAAUGUAGUACUUUUAUACAGUGCCAUUAUAAAGACUAAGUCUAUCCCCACCCA